AUGUCGCUCGGUCACAACGCCUGGCCACCAGGCAACAUCCGCCCCCCGGAUGACCUGCAGGAGUCUCCGCGCCCUGCCAAUGGCUUGGUAAAGACCCUGUCGGGCUCCAAAACUCCCCAGAUACGCGGCUCGGUUAGCGCUGAAGGCCCGAACCCUGGUAGCAUGAGCUCGGAGCCCGAUAUUACCGUCGACGAGGACCCGCGCAUUGCUCAAUUCCGCGAGAUGUAUCGCAAAAGCGAGGCGAAAAUUAAUGCGCUAUUCUCCGGACGUUUUAGUGCCGAUGACUUGGCCGCCGCCGCGCUCACCGAACCUGAUCCUUCUGCGGCUCAAAACGAAUGCGUCGAUGCGCCGGCACCGGUCCCAUCCCCACCUUCCAAACCAGCUCGCAAACUCGAUGACGACUACGAUGACUACGAUGAAGACGACGAUGCAGACACUGCGGACUCAACCGAAUCGCCUCUUAAAUCCAAGGUAGCCCUGCCGUCGCAAGAUCACGCCUCCGCUGCACAAUCAACCCAGCGCUCUGGUACCGCGCCCACAAACUCAGAAGCGACGAAAGAACCAAAAAAGGAGUCGCUUGAGGAUAUUCGCAAACAGCUGGAGGAAGAUAAAAAAGCCACCGAGGAGGCUGCUAAGAGAAGUUUCCACACCCUCUUCUACACUCUCGAAAACGAUCGGGAUGCGAUGUUGGACCAGCAAAGGCUGGAGGAAUCCGAAAGACAGGUCGAAGCAGAGAUUUCCGGCCAAUCAACCUCAGGUGCUUCUAGCUUAACACUCAAAAAUCUGAUCGCGAGAAUUGAUAAAAAGCGCGAUAUGGUGCAAGCUUCCGAUGCCGAACUUCGGAGCCUGCUCAGUGAAGUGCGCAAAAACCGAAGCAAAUGGGCCAGUGAAGACAAGAUUGGCCAAGAGGAGCUCUACGAGGCCGCCGAGAAGGUGUUGAGCGAAUUGAAGGCCAUGACUGAACACUCAACUGCAUUUUUAACUCGUGUUAAUAAGCGCGAUGCUCCUGACUAUUACACAAUCAUCAAACAUCCAAUGGAUCUGGGUACUAUGACGAAAAAACUCAAGGGCUUGCAGUAUCGGUCGAAGCAAGAUUUCGUGGAUGAUCUGAACCUUAUCUGGUCCAACUGCUUGAAGUACAACACGAAUCCUGAGCACUUUCUGAGGAAACAUGCUCUCUACAUGCGUAAGGAGACCGAGAAGCUUGUUCCACUCAUCCCCGACAUAGUCAUCAGGGACAGGGCCGAAGUCGAGGCUGAAGAGCGUCGCCUUCAGCUUGCCGAACUCGACGGUGAUGGUGCCGAAGAAAGUGAUGACGAGCCAAUCAUGUCAUCUCGUGGAAGGAAGGCGCCUGGAAAGUCUGCAAAGAAAGGCACCGCUCCCUCUCGUAAAACUCCCAGUGGCUCUGAAGGGCCUUCUGGCGGGCCCUCAUCGCAGCCCCCUGCUCCGGUACGCGCCGAUUCGGAUACAGCAAUGGAAGGAGUUCAGAAUGGAUUUUCAACACCACCCCCUGGGUCUAAUACCCCCUCUGAUCCUUUGGGUUCUGGUGCUGGUAUAGCCAGUCAACAAGAUGAUAGCAUGGACAUUGACGGUCCAAUAAUCUCUAGCUCAGCGACCGCGCCUAGCGCUCUCAAUGUCCCUGGACUGGAACUGGAUGAUCCGGAAUACAAAGUUUGGAAGCAAGUGACUAAGAAGGAUCGCGCUCUUAUUGCUGCAGAACGACAUCGGCUCCUGAAAGGAGAUAAGCUCAAUGCAGACGAACCCGCUUUAAUACGUACAAAAGCGGGCAUGCGCCGAUGGCUUCGUCAUGAGAAACAAGCCGCGAUAGAAGGUGAUAAAAUCCAUGAUGGUUCUGAGGCAAUGGAGCUGCAAGCUGCCGGUGAAUCUCUUGCAGAGGGCAUCGAGGGCGAAGAAGAACGGAUGAUUCCAUAUUACUACGAUCUCAUGUCCGGUGUUCCCGAUCUCCCGGAGCGACUUCUUUGGAAGGAGGAUUCACAGGGAAAUGUGGUUGAUUCCUCGGAGGAGUAUCUUAGAGUUCUUCCUAAAGGCUCUUUCUUGCAGCCCGAUAGCAAGCUAUCUAACAGAUUGGAAGCGAACAUGCGUCAGAUGCAGGAGACUCGGAAAAUCUGUUCUAAGAUUGGUAUUGUCAAGCAAAUGCAGCUCCAAUCCCAGAUGUAUCAAAACCAAUUCCAAAAGUACAACCCUGAGCCGUUUGCUGAGCAGGAUGUGCCUCCUCAUGUGAUGAAUGACAACGGCCCUGUCAUCGCCCCAGGAACCUGCCGAGCCGCGCUGCAGCGAUCUGUUGCUAAGAUCUUCUACCACACUGGCUUCGAAGAAUACCAGCCAAGUGCUCUGGAUGCAGUCACCGAUAUUGCAUCCGACUUUUUCCACAAAAUUGGCGAAACCGUCAAAUCGUACAUGGAGACGCCGAAGGUCCCCGUCACUGAAUCCCAAGAGGAUCCCACGGCUGCCUCAGAAUGGAAGCCAGCCUAUACGCAGCCUGAAAUAGUCCUGCAUACUCUUUCUGCCGUUGGCAUCAAUAUUGACGAACUAGAAUCUUACAUCAAAGAUGAUGUUGAGCGGCUUGGGGCUAAGCUCACGAACGCUCACGAUCGUCUUAAGAUGCUCCUCACGGAGCUUCUUCGUCCAGCCCUCGCCGAUGGCGGAGAAGAUGGAUCUCGUGCAUUUGCUGAUGGAAGUGAACAAUUCGUUGGAGGAGACUUCGCAGAGGAUAUCGACGAGGAUUUCUUCGGGUUUAAGGAACUUGGUUUGGAUCGUGAAUUUGGCCUUGCCACCCUUAGUGUGCCCCUACAUCUCCUCCAGAAUCGCAUGUAUAAUGCGGCUCAGUCACAAAGCACCAAUACAAUCCAAGCCGUGACUAUCUUCCCGACGCCUCCUCCGUAUCCGCGCAUCACAGUGGAGAACCUGCCAAACCAGAUCGGUCUCGUCCAGAACUUCUUCAAGGGCAAGCUUGAUGCCAACAGCGACGAGCCCCUUACAGAAGAUCUCGAGUUACCACCGAAGCAAAGACCGAUGGCCAGCAAGUCUCGUCUUCCAGCAUCUGGCAAGAUCCCCCCUCUUCCAGGCGUGUCAGCACCCCAUACAAGCCCCCAGAAACGGGCUGCCCCUGCAAACGUGUCUAUCAAAUCUGGAACCACUGAACCGAGCAAAAAGAAAGCAAAGAAGAACAGCGGUGUUGCGUUGGAAAUACCCAAUUUCAACCCCGACGGUGACAACGACCAAGUAUCUUCUGUUGAUGGCCUUAAAGAACUUGCUUCAGGAGAAGUCCCAUCUGGAGAUGGUGCCAGUCUACCGGAUGGCACAGACGAUCCAAAUGUUUCUCAGCCCGACAAUGCUCUGCCCUUGACUAAUGGUACUACGGCUUAA